UUCCACUUCAAAAUGAAUUCGGAAUCAGAGAUAGUGGCUUCCAGUUUUGUGCAUAUUCUAGCUGAGUAUCAUGUGGAAAUCUAUUAUACUGGCAUGCGUUGUGUUGUGUCCCUUUAUUGUUAGCUCUGCCCCUUGCGAGGGUUGCGGAGAUUACAAAGAAAUGGACGAAGGAGACGAAAAUGUUGAAAAGAUAAUCCAUGAUAUAUUUGUAUUGUUUUCUAAGUUUCAAUUUGGUCAUACUCAUUGGAAACUUGUUGAUGUUUUUAGUGCUGAAGAAGCAAAGUGCUUGGACGAAGAGGAGUGUGGAAAAGCAGCAGCCUAUCGUAUAAAGAUAUCUACUGUUCCUACCACCUGUGCGAAAAAAGAUUUCAGUUAUGAGGACGCUCAAGACUGUGACGCGUUGGAAGGAGCCGAAAUCCAUUAUUGCACCCUUAUUGAGAAAAGAAACAAGAAUGGAAAAUAUGUUUUGCAGAGAUCAAGUUGCUCAAAAAAAAGUUCAUAGAAGAAUUUUCCGAAAUUAAGACUAGACUUCAACUGAUAAUGAGGCAAUUAUAUUCUUAAAUAGUUUAUAUUGUUAUGCGAUAACCGAAAAAUGCAUGUGAGUUUCAAUAAAUACAAUAAUGAAGUCGAA